AUGGGAAACAGCAGCUCUUUGAUGUUAAGAGAUGAAGAGAUCGACGAAAUCAUGAAUGAAACAGAAUUCAACAGAAAUCAAAUUGUCCGACUCUACAGCAGAUUUUUAUCACUUGACAAAAAAGGACAAGGAUACUUAUCGAGAGACGAUUUUUUGAAUGUACCGGAAUUGGCUGUGAACCCUUUAGGAGAUCGAAUCGUUGACGCUUUCUUCACAUUGGCUUCUUCGAAUGGAGAUAAUGAAGAGCAACAACUAAACUUCCGUCAAUUCGUGCGGAUUCUCGCUCACUUUCAACCAAUUUCUCGAGUGAAGAAGAAUGCACUUAACUCUCGGAAAGAUAAACUUUUGUUUGCUUUCAAAAUGUAUGAUCUUAAUAAGAAUGACUACAUCACCCGCGAAGAGUUCAAAGUAAUCCUAAACAGUAUGGUUGGAGCAAACAUAACGUCAGAUCAGCUUGACAAAAUCGCAGAUAGGACAAUCGAAGAAGCGGAUGCUGAUCGUGAUGGCAAAAUUUCGUUCGAAGAAUUCUGUAGAGCUAUGGAGAAGACAGAUAUUGAAGAGAAAAUGUCGAUUCGAUUCCUUAACUAA